AUGGAAUGGGAAAAUUCAUGCUCCGAUCCUUCAAGCGUCUUCCGGAAAAGCCAGUUGACGAGUGAUGGACCUGUCGACUUUCGAUGGUCCCAGGCCGCGCAAAUCAUCACGGAAUACAGACCCGAAGAAGCACCAUCCAAGAUUAUGGACUUUUGUGUCUUUUACCGGCCUGAUAGAGGAAGCAAUGUGGAACAGGCCAUCGAUGACUUGUGCAGAGUACGGCCCGUCCAGUCCAUCAACCACACUGACCUGGGGGACCUCUGCACGCGCCCUAUUGCCCUCUCAAUUGAGACUAAGCGUCCCAGAGUGGAGGGUGAUAAUGCAGAAUUGCAGAUGGGCACAUGGCACUCUGCCCAGUGGCGUAGCCUAAGGCAGAAUCGUCGUGGAUGCUUGAGGUCUAUCGAGUUCCUCCCGGGCAUCAUCGUGCAGGGUCACAACUGGCAAUUUGUGGCCAGCGUCGUGGAUGGCAGUGGCAAGUCUUUGCUGUUGAUGGGAGAGCGUAUCGGCGGGACUGACUCGCCAAUGGGUAUUUACUCAUUGCUGUUGGCGUUGCGGCGGUUGAGACGAUGGAUUAUGGACGAGUACUUGCCUAUGUUUCUUUCAGAUGUGUUGGAUAUUUCUUCUCAAGAUACCCCGGCCUGA